AGUAUGCUCUACAGCGCAGGACCAAGAUCUGUCUAGUGGCGAACGCUGUUGUACGGUGACUGAUGUGUCGCCGUGCUGAGAAUGCAGUUCAUGAGCAACGCAAGUUGGCCUCUACUUGACUAUUCAACCCCUUUGAGGUGCAUAUGGUCUCAAACUUACCCACAUACGUCACGAAGUGUUUGCUGUAUGGCCAUGCGGGCGACUACGACAGACUCUUCAGUGGCAGAACCAGGUCCCAGAUCAUACUUGCGAAAGGUUGUUCGACACCCUCACCAAGAACGUUCCGCUAUCAGAAUCGAUCUACAUAUGCGAAUACGAGCACGGCAGAUCAACGUACCGAGUGAUGCUCAUAAGGGAUAUCUGCAUCUUCAGUGCUUCUUGACCCAUGGCCCGAAUUUGCAAGCCAACGACAUCCACCAAGAUCUGUACAUGUCGAGAUCAGCUGCAUUUGGAGAGAUCUGGGCGAAGUUCAACAAUCUGAUGAUAUUCGACGAGCAUUCAGCUCGGCUCAUCCAAUGGUUCUGUAACGGCGACCAUACCGGUGGUAAUGGAAGGUGUGGGUAGAUUGGGACGGUGAACCACACGACCGAUGGUCAAUGAUGCCCAAGCCUGUGGCGUUGAACUCUAAUUCGGCUGUUAGCACGUCAAAAUGAGGCUCAACUAAAGGUUUGGAUCUCUGCGGACUGUGCCGUACAUCACCUUUCAGACAUUAUUGUCACCAUGAGUCGCCGGAGU